UCAGCUCCUCUCCUCCGACUCUCCGCUGCUCACAUCCUGUCUGGGAGGGAGAGGCGAAGGAGGAAGAGAAUCAGCUUGAGGGGCUCGGGAGUCAAGUUUAACCAACUUUUACGCACGCGUUUUUAAAUUCUUUUUCCAUCCUUUCAAACGUUUUUAUUUUAUUUUAUUUUAUAUUAUUUUUGUGCUUUUUGCAGAAGGGACUGGUUUUGCGGGACUAAUUGAAAGAUAUUUUUUUGAAAAACAUUUUGCUUUUUGGAAGUGAAGUGAAUCAAGGUGCGCCUGAAGGUUACUUCUGUAACGAGUUUUUACACGGACAUUGGUAACUUCUCUAAUAAUAUUAAUAACAGUAAUAGAAACUUUGGGAUAGCCUACAUAUAAAAGACCAGUUUUAAGAUUAGGCUAUAUUCGGGGUAUUGCCAAGUUGCCGAAAAGAAGAAAGAAGCGCUCCCUGAAGAGUUGGAUUUGAUUAAGCUAAAAACAGAAAGCACAUCAAUUAUUAUCUGGAUUUCGUAAUGUAUAUGUGAAAGUUUCCCCGAUCCGAAUUUAUUUCGUUCGGACAAGGGGAGACGUUCAUGGAUUUUUUAAGUGGGACCCGCUAGGAUGGACGUGGUAGAUGAAACUGAAGCGUUACAGAGAUUUUUUGAAGGUCAUGAUAUUACCAGUUCUCUGGAGCCAGCCAACAUCGACACCAGUAUCCUGGAGGAGUACAUCAGCAAGGAGGACGAUAGCGCUGACAUCUGUUUUUCAGAGGUCCACAGCACCCCAGGACCAAAUUACUCAUCUCCCCAGGCAGGAGUGUCCUCCUCUGGGGGGUUGGUGUGUGGUGUAAGCCCCCCCAUCCCGCUGCGCCAAGGAGCCCCUCCGCCUGGGCCUCCUAACUGUCAGAACCCCUACCCCCCAGGCCCGUCGCUGGGCCUCCUCCGACACAACUACCCGUGCCUGGGACAGCAGCAACAGCAGCAGCAGCAGCAGCAGCAGGCUCACGUCAAGCCUGAGCACAGGGGCCACUACGCUCCAGGGACACUUCCUGAGUCCCCCCCUGACUCCAGCUCAGAGCCGUACUCCCCUCAGCAGGUGAAUGAUCCUCACAUGAUCAGGACCAUGACACCAGAGAACAUGUGUCACAUGACUCCCCCGCCGCCCCUCCCGCCGCACGGACACUAUCCCAGCAUGCACCGGGACAUGUACCUGAAGCCUGAACCCAUGAUAUCGCAGUAUCCCAUCGGUCCAGCCACGAGCGGAAGUGGAGACAUGCAGCAGACCCAGAUGCUCCAUCAGCUGCUGCAGCAUCCUCAGGGCCAGGACGGCAUCCCUGUUCACCAGGCCAAGAAGAGGAAGCACUCCGACUCUCCCAACAGUACCCUCAAUUCCCAAAUCCUCACAGGUAUCAUCAAACAAGAACCAGGUUUGAUGCAAGACUCAGACAACACCUACUUGGACCCUAACUACCAGUGUAUUAAGUGGCAGCCUCACCAGCAGAAUAAGUGGACACCACUGUAUGACGCAAACUGCAAAGAACUGCCGAUGCCCACGUACCGUGUUGAUGCUGACAAAGGCUUCAACUUCUCCUUAGCCGAUGAUGCAUUUGUCUGUCAAAAGAAGAACCACUUCCAGGUGACAGUGUACAUUGGCAUGUUGGGCGAUCCCAAGUACAUCAAGACGAGUGAAGGCCUACAGCCCAUUGACUGCUUCUAUCUCAAACUCAAUGGAGUAAAGCUGGAGGCCAUGAACCAGUCCAUCAAUGUGGAGCAAUCCCAGUCUGACCGCAGCAAGAGACCCUUCAAACCAGUUCUGGUUACCCUGCCCCCUGAGCAGGUCACCAAAGUCACAGUGGGACGGCUCCACUUUAGCGAGACCACGGCAAAUAACAUGAGGAAGAAGGGCAAACCCAACCCUGACCAGAGGUAUUUCAUGCUGGUGGUGGCACUGCAGGCUCAGUCCCACAGUCAGAGCUACACUGUGGCCGCUCAGGUGUCUGAGAGGAUCAUCGUCAGGGUAACAUCUGCGUCAAACCCGGGCCAGUUUGAGAGUGACAGUGAGGUGCUGUGGCAGCGCGGCCAACUGCCAGACUCAGUCUACCACCACGGGAGAGUCGGCAUCAAUACUGACCGGCCUGAUGAGGCCCUGGUUGUCCAUGGCAACCUCAAGGUCAUGGGCUCCCUAGUGCACCCGUCUGACAUCAGGGCCAAGGAGAAUGUCCAGGAGGUGGACACCACAGACAAUUUGAAACGGAUCUCUCAGAUGAGGCUGGUCCAUUAUCAUUACAAGCCAGAGUUUGCUGCGACUGUGGGCAUAGAGAACACCGCAGAGACUGGAGUGAUCGCACAAGAGGUUCAGCAGAUCUUGCCUGAGGCAGUGAAGGAUGGAGGCGAUGUGGUGUGUGCCAAUGGAGAGACCAUUCCCAACCUGUUGGUGGUCAACAAGGACCGUAUCUUCAUGGAGAACGUGGGAGCGGUGAAAGAGCUGUGCAAGCUCACAGACAACCUGGAGACUCGCAUCGACGAGUUGGAGCGCUGGAGCCGCAAGCUGGCUAAGCUCCGUCGUCUUGACAGCAUGAAGAGCACCGUGAGCGGGGGCACUGUCAGCCAAUCAGGGAGUUAUUUCAGCAGGACAGGAAGUGGCCCACUCAAGAAGAAGGCAGUCAAACCUGGAAGCAAGAGCUCGCCUCCAGAUCAAGGAUGCAUCAGCCAGAGGUUCAUGCAGGGGACGAUCCUGGCACUUGUUGUGGUCAUGGCCUUCAGUGUCAUUUCCAUGUCCAUUCUUUAUGUGCUGACUCUUCACCAUAGAGGAGAUGUCACUGAGAAAGAUGGCUAUGUUUCCUCCUGUGUUCUCUACAUCUCUUGGAUGCCCAUCUUCACUGCCACUGUCACUUUCUGUCCACCCGUCUGCCCAUGGUCCAGAGCUGCAUUGGGAUCCUCACGUAAAAGUUCGUACACUCCACAGUCCACCACCUCUGCACCAGCUUGCUGUUCAACCACAGCUACAAGCAACCAAUCAACCAUAGUUGUGUCACUGAAUAACAACCAAUCCACAGGAGAUGUAAGCAGCCUGGUCCCCACGCCUGUCACUAUUAAUAAGAAAGCCAAGUCGAGACCAAUGGACAAAGAUGGACGAAAUAAAAACCGCCUGAGUCACACCUCAGCACCCCUGUACUUUGCCAAAUCCAAACGGCCUCCUGCAGACCAGGAUGGGGUUGGAGCCACCAACCGUCUGCCUGGGGGGCAGCAGUCACUGCCACGCAGACAGCGCAGCACACACACACAGGCCCCCUCUCUGACUGCUCUACAUAUUGUGGAAACGGACCAACAGAUCACAGCACAAAGAUGUCAAACACCUGAGAGCUGCAGUUAUACAGUCUCACUCCAUGGGAACAGGAACUCCUCCAUCUCACAAAUCACUUUGCACAUGACGUCCAGUAACAGCGUGUGGGUGCGACAGUGUGGAGCCACCAAGGGGCGUUUGUGUCCUGACCACGCAGAGACAGAGCUCUAUGGUGGACAGAGUACAUCAACAAAGGGGACUCAUCACCUGUGGUCAGUGCCGGUGCUAUCUUUCCAGGAUGUCACCUAUCACUUCCGUGUUUCCCUGUCUAGCGAGGUGAGCUGUGCCGCUGAGGAAGCAACUGAACCGACCACGCCGUACUCUGACUACCACUUUCUUAUUCGAAGCAGCUGCGCGUGAGAAGGAAGACGACGUGGCCCAGUGCCUUUAAAACACACUAUAUUUCUCCUUUAUGGUCCAGUUUGUACACUGUUGUGAUGGGAUAGUGUUUCCUGCCCUCUUGAACUUCAUUUUUAAAGAGACUCAGUACAAACUAUGUACCACUGAUCCCUCUUUAUGCCUUUCCAUUUAUGAAUUAAGAUGUCUCCAUUUGCUGUGGUCACUGGCCUAUGAAACACUGUGUUUAAGUUUUAUUCAUUUUGUAUCUCUGUAAGUGAAUAUCGCUUUGCAGGAUGCCAGUUUGAGAGUCAUUGUAUAGAUGACAACCGUAUUGUGUAAAUGUUAACCGCUAUUGCAAAACAAGUAACAUCCAUAACUUUGUAGCCCACUUACUUAUCACGAUGUCUUCCCUACAUAACACCAGACAUAAUCACCUUUUUAUUCUUUUUAGAAUAAUGAAGUUCAAGUUUCCAAAAGAAGUGUGGGACAGGAAGAUACUGCAGUGUACAUGACGCUGCACAUGCCUUUAUUUCGCUCUGUUAUCUUUCCAGUUUGCGUGCACACUGAAACCAGUAUCAGCUGAAAACAAGAAAACACUUUUCAAUAGUUUCACACACUGGAGAGAAGAUCAUUGGCCUCUGCUGCAGGCCUCAGUGAAUGGUCGUCUCCCCGCAUUCAGAAUAUACCUCAGUAGUGCACACUGGCAAAUCCUGGAGCUCCACAGUCGUACAUUGUGUCCCAGGCCGCUGCAGUCUGCUGGGCUGAAUCACUCACUGUCUCCUCAUAAGGCAUCUGACUACACACUGUACAGAGGAGAGAAUAAUGUGUAGGAUUUGUACCGCAACUGCUGCAUCAAACGGUAAAUCAAAUUGUGACAUAAAAUAGUUACAAAAGCCCUCACUAUCACUCCUAAACAAAGAGGUACUUUUGAAGAUCCCUGCAUCUUGUAAUCAUUUUAGUAGCAGAUUCACUGGAUGACCUGAGAUAAGACUGGAUAUCAAAUGACUGGAAGCAACGCACAGAAACUGUUGAAACACUGAACGCUCGUAGCAUCUGAUAGUGAAACUACUAUGUCCAACACUGACAAUAUUUCAAGAACACUGGAAUAGCUAACACUGUAUGUUGCUAACUGGAUGAGAUGCUGGCGCUGCAAAAUGGCUCAUCAUUUCAGGUGCAUGCCCAAUCAUUUCUCUAAAGUGAUGUAUCUCAGAGUAGAGGCGGCGCAAACUAUUGCUUGAUUUUUACUGACCUGAUCACAAAGCUGAGAGUUGUGCACACUUUGAAGAGAAUCAUGGAUAUUUUAAUACACUGGACUGUUUCUGAUAUUCCUUUGAGUGUUU